UACUUCCUUAAAAAUCCUUUUUUGCAGUGUGUGCGCAUUUUCUGCACUGACCCGAACCCUCCCAGUGUUUCAGCUCCUCCUGAUUUACAAAUAAAGCACGUGCACUAACUCUGGCGCGCGCGUUCUCUCUGUCCCUCCACUCAUUUAUUUAUUUAUUUGCUGGCUGAAACUUCUGGCCACGAGCCCGCCACGCGCGUUUGUCUGAGUUGAUGGUGAUGGUGGGUGGGGCUGCCUGAGGGAGGAGCUAAACACGACUAAAGGCAGAGAUAUCAGAGAGAUAUCAGAGCAGGUCGAGCCAUUUGGAGAUGAAAGUUCCACACGCGCUUAUGGUGAUCUGAGGAAGCAGAAGAGUUAUAGGGACACCAGAGGAGAAACGCAGAGACUCUGGACUAUAACCACUCAGUUGCAGUUUUUUUUUUAAAUUAGCCUGGUGGUUGCUGUUAUUUUGCUUUUGUGAAUACAAACAGAUCAAAAUGAUGACCAAACCAUUUGGAAAGAGCGGGGAUGUGAAUGAGCUGGUGAGCUCCCUCAGCUGGCUGGAUGAGGACGACGUCAGCUCCCAGGAUGGAGAGGAAAGCCACCACAUGACCGUAGGGGGCCGAAUGCGCUCUUGCACAGAACUGGGCAGUGAGGAUAUGGAGGAAGAAGAGGAGGAAGAGGAGGAGGAGGAGGGGGUUGAUGAGGAGAUUGGACCAGAUGGAGAACAGGCUCCCAAGAGGAGAGGCCCUAAGAAGAAGAAGAUGACCAAAGCAAGACAGGAGCGGUUUCGUGUCCGGCGAAGCAAAGCCAACGCCAGAGAGCGCUCACGUAUGCACGGGCUGAACGACGCCCUGGAUAGCCUGCGCGAAGUGAUGCCCUGCUACUCCAAGACACAGAAGCUGUCAAAGAUUGAGACUCUGCGGCUGGCACGCAACUACAUCUGGGCUCUGUCGGAGUCGCUCGAGAGCGGCCAGUCCCCCGAGAGCAACGGCUUCAUGGAGAUGCUGUGUAAAGGUCUGUCUCAGCCCACCAGCAACCUCGUGGCCGGCUGCUUGCAGCUGGGACACACUCCCAUGAUGCUCAACAAGAUGGACGAUAAGUGCGGAGGCCCGGGGGUGGGUGGUGUGGGGGGUCAUGCUGGCCAUCCCCUUAGCUACCCGUCUCCAGGUCUUCCCAGCCCCCCCUAUGGCUCCCUGGAGGCUUCCCACCUCCUCCACAUGAAGGGAUUCAAGGGGCCUGUGUACGACAACCCCUCUCCUAACGAGUGCAGCAGCGGCACCCCGCCGUACGACGGGCCCCUCACUCCCCCGCUGAGCAUCAGUGGCAGCUUUGCCCUGAAGCAGGAGCCCUCUCCCCGGGAAGCAGAGAGGAACUACGCACCCCACCCUGGCCAUCCUGUCCACCCUGGCCACGCUGGCCACCCUGGCCACCAUGGCCACUACCUCUCUUCCCACCAUUACCCCACCUCCACGACUGGCGGCCUACCAGGAGGCCCCCAGGGCCACCCACUCUUUCAAGCUUCACGCUAUGAGCUGCCCCUGGAUGUGGCCUUUGACUCCUACGCUCCCUCUCACCUGGUCGCCUCUCAGAUGGGAGGCAUCUGACCAUGAACAGUUGAGAGGCCCAGUGAUCGAGCGAGACGCCCUGCUCUUGAAUGAAUUGCUGUACAAACGAUGGUAUAGAAGAAUGGUUUGCAUUAUGUUGUCUAGUACUCUGGGAGAGCACUGAAUGCUCAGAGAGAGACUCACCACCUCAACUCAAUCUACCUGAUACAAACAAGCACCCAUAACUUUUAAUGUUUUAUUUAUUAUUUUUUUGUUAUAAUGAUGUUAUUUGGAUUAUAAUUAUUUCUGGAGAAGUUGCCCCCUCAGUUGUUUAGAGUGACUAAAGAUUAUUUUACCAAAUCAGACACUAAAGCAUCACACAGAUGUUUCAAGUGUAGAUAUUGAACAAAAACAUGUGGACUGUGCUCGUCUGCAUAUCAAAAGAACAAAAAGUCAUCCAGUCUUAAACCUAAAUUGUGCACUGACAGCCAAUGUCCCCCUCGCCAUAAGGAAAAGCAAUGCAUUUAUAUAUAUCUGUAUUUAAUAUUUAUUUUGAUAACGUCUUGUCCUUUUUAUAUUUUUUUCUCAGCACAGUUUUUGUUUUGCCGUCUUCUUGGUUUUUGUCGUCAGUCACUAGCAGCUGUACUGUAUUUAAUUUAUUUAUUUGAGGUCUUUCAGGUACUUUGUUCAUUUGGUGUCACGAUUUUUGUCAUACUGUACUCUUGUAAAUAUUUUUGCUGUUUCGCACUUAAUUGAAUAAAUAUUCUUAUAUUAUAUGCUAUUUCCAUAGUAACAAUACUUGCCAUGUGUUUUCUUCUGGUCUGUUAAAUUUCAGUUCAACAGAAAGUGCACGUCUCCCAAUAUAGCUGCAGAGCACCUAUAUGCAGCUCCAAUACAUCAAUUCAAGUGUUGAAUAUUAAUAAUGUAGUGAGGUUUCGAUUAAAAUAGACUCAUGUUGAACUUGGUGUGUGAUAAGUAUGGUGAAAUACUUGGCUGCCCCCGACCUUAUUAAAGUUGCAGUGUGUAGGAUCUGGCGGCAUCUAGUGGUGAGGUUGCAGAUUGCAACCA